GUGCGGGAGUGGGCAGCCACUUUGAGCUCCGCUGCUGAAGUCUGAUUGAAGCGGCUGAGAAGAAGCGAAACUACAGCAGAGGGAAGCGCACAGUCUGUACUCGGCCUGCUGUGGUUUGUAGGGUUUUUUUUUUGUUGUUGUCGUUGUUGUGACAGAGCUUUCUUGUUAAGAUGGCGUAUCACAGCCCCUACAGAGCCCCCCCGCAAAUCAACGCGCCUCCGGACCAGAGCUUCCUGUGGAAUAUCUUCCAGAGGGUUGACAAAGACCGGAGUGGAGUGAUCUCAGACUCUGAGCUUCAGCAGGCCCUGUCCAAUGGAACAUGGACUCCCUUCAACCCGGUGACGGUCCGCUCCAUCAUCUCCAUGUUUGACAGGGAAAACAAAGGCGGCGUCAACUUCAACGAGUUCGCCGGCGUGUGGAAGUACAUCACAGACUGGCAGAACAUCUUCAGGACCUAUGACAGGGACAACUCGGGCUUCAUCGACAGGAACGAGCUCAAGCAGGCACUGACCGGAUUCGGUGAGCAGCAAAGCUACCGUCUAUCAGACCAGUUCUACGGCACUCUGAUAGAGAAGUUUGACCGGCAGAGGAAGGGACAGGUGGCCUUUGAUGACUUCAUCCAGUGUUGCAUUGUAUUACAGAGGUUGACUGACGUUUUCAGGCGAUACGACACAGACCAGGACGGCUGGAUCCAAGUUUCCUACGAACAGUAUCUUUCCAUGGUCUUUAAUGUCGUAUAACGCAGAUGAAGGCCGCAGAAGAGCACAACUGGACACAACUGUGCCAAAACUCCCGGCACCCUCUGGAUGUCUGCCUGGGUGGACACUACAACAUUUACAUUUUUUUUUUUUUUUAAACCUAGUCUAAGCCUGAUUUGGAGAUGAGAAGCUAUAAUCUUAAAGUUAGAAAAAAAAAUAAGUGCUUGAGAUAUGGUAAGAAAAAAAAAAAAAGAAUCUUGUAGUGUUUUGUUUGGUGACAAAAUCCGAACAGGUCCAUGCUGGGGACCGUGGGUUUGGGACAAUUAUGGACACAUCUGUCUUAUCUGUCUGUUAAGUCUGUCUGUUAAUGUCGACACAUUUUUAAUGUCUUAAACUUAAGCGAUUGAAGAAAGAUGUUUCUGUUGAGUAAAAUAAUACAUUGUAAAUAUAAUUUGCAUGCUUUUCAGGGAAAUUAAGCCCCAUGUUGAAGCAUGCUGUCCCUUUCUUUUGACUUGUCCUCUGCCCUCUUUGCUCAAAGCCAUGUUUACAAAAACUGUGAAAGCAGGUGACGCUCUGCUUUGAGGUUCACUGACAUGCCAGCUUACAUGCCAUAUUUGUAUGAACAUAUUUUUAACAGCAAAUAUUUAACGCUAGAACAUGAUUUUUGGUAGAGGGUGAGCAUAAUUAUAUCUUUAGUUUGGCUUUUUUGUUUCUGUGCAUGAUGCCUUAAAAUGUGUAAUAAAAAAAAAACACAAAUAUUAAAAGAAAUCUUUUAUUAAAAAAGGCC